AUGAAUGAACUACCGGAGAAUAGCAACAACUCUGGCGGCAAUGAUUUAGAAACCUUGGAUUAUUUACGUGGUGUAAAAUCGUCAACGUGCUUGUUACUACCGACGACACCUAGUCCUACACCGCUCGAUUUCAAACAUCCACUAUCUGAAGAAAUGGGCGACCGUCCGUUUUUAACUCUCAAUGACGAGCCCAACAUGGUUAAUUUACAGACAGAUGCAUCAGCAGGAGAUUCUAGUUCGUCGGGUGACUCGAGCUCUGUUGUUCAAGAUCCAGUCAGCGCUCAGCUCAUCAAUAAUAUUAGCAUGUUGGAUUACCAGACAUUAAGCAAGAAUGGUGACCUGAUUAUGGGACAAACUGAAGACUGUAAGCUCAAUGGCAACCACAAUGUCAACGGCAGAAAACUACCCAGCUUUGUUAACUGGAACUGGAGUGUGAUCAGGAAAGUACUUCUUUGGAUUGUCCUCUCCGGUCUUAUUGCCUGUUUGGGCGCUAUCAUAGGCAUGGUGAUCACCAUCCCAAAAGAAUGCAAUCCCGACCUUCCUUGGUAUCAAGGCAAAGUAUUUUAUGAAGUAUUCCCGGCAAGCUUCAAAGAUUCUAACAAUGAUGGCAUGGGUGACUUAAAAGGGCUUCUUAAAAAGCUGGACUACAUCCAAGACCUAGGGGCAUCAGCUAUUAGACUUAACUACAUAUAUCAAGCACAAAAAUAUCCUGAACAGUACUAUAAUAUUACUUCCUUGGUACAAAUAGACAGGAGUGUAGGUGUUCUGAAGGAUUUUAGAGAUCUGAUAAAUGAAGUACACAAUAGAAACAUGUCUUUGAUCCUUGACUUACCAGUUGUGUCCAUGGCAAAACCUGAUUCAUCAUCAAACUUUACUCAAGCUGUGUUAAUAUCUAAUGAAACAAUUACUAACUUUGUUGACCCUACAUCAGCGGCAAUCAUAUUUUGGUCCAGUGAAAAAGUUGAUGGCUUCUACUUAAAAGAUUUAGAACAAUUUGUUGAUGAUAUUAGUUUUCCUAGAAGUUUGCAAAUGUGGAAACAAGCUAUGGGUCAUGACAAAAUAUUAAUUGCUAGUGAAAGAGCUUAUGAAAAAGCUAAGGGUGGUGCUUUAAAUGUUUUGUUAUCUAGAGUCGACCUUAUUGAUGUCCAUCUAGAUUUACAUGAAGGCAUCACGGGUUUAAAAAAUCGUAUUGAUAAUGUUAUUAAGGGUUCUUUGUGGGCAAAACCACACUAUCCCUGGGUGCAUUGGAAUAUUGGAAGUAUUCAUAAUGAAAGAAUAGCUACCAAACAUGUGAACAACACUUUGGUUUUGACAGCUCUUGAGUUAGUUUUGCCUGGCACUGUUAGCAUAUUUUAUGGUGAUGAAAUUGGACUUGCAGGACUAGGUGAUAUUGAGGGGGAUUUCCACGAACACAAAGAUGUUAACAAUGUAGUCUCUAUGUCAUUUUCGAAUGAAAAAAAUACUGCAGUAAUUUUACCUUGGAAUUCAAACUCUGAGAGAGAACCCAGCUACCAUUUCUUAGAAGUUAUAAAAAUGUUUACCAAAGUCAGGUUGGAGACGCCAACAAUAUAUUUGCGAUCUAUUUACAAGGAGGGCAAUAAUCUGAAAAAUAUGGAAAUUCGUAAAACUGAAGAGAAUCUAUUUGUUAUAGAGCGUUGGUAUCCUCGAAGGAAUACUUGCGUGUUCGUGGGGAAUUUGGGAAGUAAAUCUAUUACUACUGAUUUGUCCACCAUGUUUUAUGGCGGCACCGUGCUUGCUGGAACAAACUCUUCUCUAGUCGGCCAAGUAUUAUAUUUUGAGAAAAUCACGUUUCCUCCCAAUUCUGCCAUUAUAUUGAAGCUAGAAAAGUAA